AUGCCAUCUCAAAGAAUGAAGAAUCGUAACAAGAAAAAGCAGACUCCAAAGCCCAACGAGGAGUUCCCCAAGAAGGAGGAUGAGAUCAAGACCGGGCAGCCCGAGGCUAGCAAUCUGCCUCAGACCUCCACAGUUGGCGACAACAAGCCCGAGGACAACAAGCCCACGGAAGCUGGCCGUGCUGAGACCGACAAGCCACCUGGAGACAAGCCCCUCGACAAUGAAGACUACGACGAGGAGAACCCAGAUGAGGAGAACGCGGGAGUUCUAGGUGACGACUACCAAGAAGACGAGGACCAGGAAGGCGAAGAGCAAUACGACGAGGAGGGAGCAGAGGAAGAGGAGCAGGCUUACGACGACGAAGAGCAAGAUGAUGAGGACGCUGCCUCUGAAGAAGAGGAGGAAGAAGAAGAGGAGGAAGAAGAAGAGGAGGAAGUCAUUCCUCCACCCCAGCCCCAGCGACAAAAGAGCAACACCACCAAGAAGGGCAAGCCCGCCUCCGUCGUCGACGACCGCAGCAGCACACCCUCUUCCUCCCAGCCUCCCACCCCCAAGGACGAUGAGAAGCCCCAGCCUAAGUGGAUGCGCGACCAAAAGAAGAAGAAGCAACGACAGGCCGAGUCUGAUGUCGACAACAGACAGGUCGACCGCCCUCGCCGCAGGGGGAAGAACGAGCCAUCUUACCGUGAGCAGCAACAGGCGCUGUACCGUCAGCAGCAGCAGCAGCAAAUGAUGAUGCAGCAGCAGCAGCAGCAGGGCGGUGGUGAUGGUGGCGGCAAGAACCCAUUGAGACUCAGACUAGACCUCAAUCUGGAGAUUGAGAUUGAGCUCAAGGCGCAUAUCCAUGGUGAUUUGACGCUUGCUUUGCUAUGA